AUGGCCACCUCGCAACUGCCCGAGUGCCGCGCGUGCGACCGCGAGACGCCGCUCCACUGCGCGAGCUGCCACCACACGCCCUACUGCAGCGUCGUCUGCAGCCAGCUUCUCGCCGCCACGCACCCGUGGGUCUGUGCCCAGCCCGGCGGCACCUUUACCUUCGCGCCGCUCACCGGGGCCGAGGCGGCGCAGCUCAAGCUCGCCUACACGAGCUCGAACGUCGACAUGAAGGGCUUGUGGCAGGCGACGACCGUCAUGCAGGAGCACGGCUGGCAGCACUCGGACUUCCCGGCCCUGUUCGACAAGCUCGCUCUCGGCACGUCCGACAUCGCCGAGCCGGGUCGCUCCGCCAUGCUCGUCGAGCUGCACUUCUUCCUCCUCAACAUGCGCAACCUCCAGCUCGCGCCGGGCGUCGUCCUGUCGCCCUGGGGCUACACGGCGCUCACGACUCGCUGGAUCCUCGACGGCCUACGCGUGCCCACCAACGCGGCCAACGUCCCGUCGUACGAGAGCGCGACGCUCGCCGACCUCGCGCCGGUCCUGCACCGUGUCCUCAACUACUGGACGAUCGCGAGCCCGUCCCUGUCGGGCUUCACCAAGAUGGGCAUCAAGCGUGCGCAGAAGCUUGCCCUCGCGCGCAUCGAGGCGGCGUCGCAAGGCCUGUCGCUCGGGAGCGCCGCCGAGCAGCGGUUCGUCGCCUCGUACGCCCGCCAGGUGGUCCAGGUCUUUGUGCAGAAGAAGGUCUGA